UGCAUCAUGGGAAACGUGUCUUCUAUCAUUUUCCUAUGUUCUCUUUUACCCUCCCUUCAUUUUAUUGAGAGAACAACGCUUUAGAGACUCGAAAAUAAAUCCCAAAUUCAAAGCUGUUAUCUUCUGUAAAGUUUUGAGAGGUGAUCUCUUGAAGCCAUGGCCCGUACCAAGCAGACCGCCCGUAAAUCCACCGGAGGCAAAGCCCCUCGUAAGCAGCUGGCUACAAAGGCUGCCCGCAAGAGCGCUCCGUCUACCGGGGGCGUGAAGAAGCCUCAUCGUUACAGACCUGGAACCGUGGCUCUGCGUGAGAUCCGUCGCUACCAGAAGUCCACUGAGCUGCUGAUCCGCAAGCUGCCCUUCCAGCGUCUGGUGAGAGAAAUCGCCCAGGACUUCAAGACCGACCUGCGCUUCCAGAGCGCUGCCAUCGGAGCUCUGCAGGAGGCCAGCGAGGCCUACCUGGUGGGUCUGUUUGAAGACACCAACUUGUGCGCCAUCCACGCCAAGCGUGUGACCAUCAUGCCCAAAGACAUCCAGCUGGCCCGUCGCAUCCGCGGGGAGCGUGCUUAAGAUGCAUUCACGUUGAUCAUUUCCAUUUUCCUCACAUCCCCUCACCACACAUCUCCCUACAAUCUUUACUUGUAGUUUGGUUUGAGGUUCUAUAUACUCUUGAUUGUGUUAACUGUAAACUGUGCCGUCACGUCACCUUUGGUGCUACUAGUAGCAAAGUCUGCUAUAGAAUAGUGUUAAUUAUGUUUAAAUGGCAUGGUAAUAAAACAACACACUAGGCCUACUUAAAUCCAACUAACCAGCUCCAGAGGACUAUUAUUGUCCUUAUGGUGGAGUUGUUAUCAAGAAAAGAAGACUGAGAAAAGUUUGGGUUCUCCAAUUAGCAUAGGAAAUGGCAUUUUCAGUCUACAUUGGUAUGGUUGAUUGAUAUUAUCAUCUAACAUUGUGGUAUUUCCUUAAGAGAUUUGGUGAAACAAAGUGUUUUCUAUGACAUUGAUGUAUUUCUACUGUUAUUGUAUAAGCAUAGAAAAUUACAAAAAUAUCAUUCUGGCUGCCAAUUUGAAAUGUCAUUGUUGUGUAAUGGCACCGCAUGCUUUGGUAGACUAAAAGCGGCAUAUAUGUAGCAGACAGACCUUUGUUGAUGGUUCAUUUUUCAGCCUUGUUAUAUCCAGGUUAUGACUUAUGGUUUCUCUCUCAGGUUGAUAUAACCUUUGAUUUUUUUUUACUACUGUUUUUGAUUUAUGUAGUCUUUUUUAAUUUUACAAAUAUUUGUACUCAAAUUCAUGCGCAAAUAUAAUAAACAUAAUCUUGUGGUUAAAAAAUUCAUUGCAAAUA